GUGACGCCAUUGGUCGUCACCGCGCCGUUUCCUGUGACGUCGUCGGUUGUUGACUCCACGCCCCCUCCUCUCGCCCCGUCCUACACAGCGGCUGUGAAGGUGAACCCGACUCCGUCCUCUCCGUCGCUCCUGACGCCGCCGGUAGCGCUUCUCUCUCUCCCUCUCUCUCUCUCUGUCUCUCUCUCUCCCCCCGCCGCCUCCUCCUGCUCCGCUCCGGGAUUCACUGAAGCCAUGUCCGUGUUCAGCGAGGUCCCGCAAGCUCCGCCGGUGGCGGUCUUCAAGCUGACGGCUGAUUUCAGGGAGGACGGCCACCCGCAGAAAGUCAACCUGGGAGUAGGAGCGUACCGUACUGACGACAGCCAGCCCUGGGUGCUGCCCGUGGUGAAGAAGGUGGAGAAACUGAUUGUGGAGGACGGCAGCCUGAACCACGAGUACCUGCCCAUCCUCGGCCUGCCAGAGUUUCGCUCUGCGUCCUCCAAAGUCGCCCUGGGAGACGACAGCCCUGCCAUCAAAGAUGACCGAGUGGGAGGAGUUCAGGCCUUGGGAGGAACUGGUGCACUGAGGAUUGGGGCGGAGUUCCUGCGUCGCUGGUACAACGGGGUUAACAACACAGCCACGCCUGUCUACGUCUCAGCUCCCACCUGGGAGAACCACAACAGUGUGUUUAAUGAUGCUGGCUUCAAAGACAUCCGGCCGUACCACUACUGGGAUGCUGCCAAUAGGGGCCUGGACCUCACCGGACUCCUGGGUGACCUGGAGAAAGCUCCAGAACAUUCCAUCUUUGUCCUCCACGCCUGCGCCCACAACCCCACCGGCACAGAUCCCAACCAGGAACAGUGGAAGAAGAUCGCAGAGGUCAUGAAGCGGAGGAACUUGUUUGUGUUCUUUGACUCGGCCUAUCAGGGCUUUGCAUCUGGUAGCCUGGAUAAAGACGCCUGGGCAAUCCGCUACUUCGUCUCUGAGGGUUUUGAGCUCUUUGUCGCCCAGUCCUUCUCUAAGAACUUUGGCCUUUACAAUGAGAGGGUGGGCAACCUGACGGUGGUUGCCCAGGACAAGGACAACCUGACCCGUAUCCUGUCCCAGAUGGAGAAGAUUGUCAGGACCACCUGGUCCAACCCGCCGUCCCAGGGGGCCCGCAUCGUCAGCAAGACCCUCAACAGCCCCGAACUCUUCGCAGAGUGGAAGGGUAACGUGAAGACCAUGGCCGACAGGGUUCUGCUGAUGAGGGACCAGCUGAAGGCUAAACUGCUGGCGCUGGGCACCCCGGGGACGUGGGACCACAUCACCCAUCAGAUCGGAAUGUUCAGCUUCACCGGGCUCAACCCCAAACAGGUGGAGUACAUGAUCAAAGAGAAGCACAUCUACCUGAUGGCGAGCGGACGCAUCAACAUGUGCGGCCUCACCACCAAGAACAUCGACUACAUCGCCCAGUCAAUCCACGAAGCUGUGACCAAGGUCCAAUAAAGCUCGCCUCCCUCUCCGUCCACAUCCUCCCGCCCGUCUGUUACAGGGCGUAGCGUUAUUGUGUGUGGAUGAAUGCGUCACCUCCUCUCCUUCAAUUGGCCGAACUGCAACAGGUGGGUUUGAGCGUUGAAACCAAUUGGAGGGCCGACGGAGAACACGUCCCCCCAGCUUUUCAAAUGCAAGACGGUGUGUGUGUGUCUGUCUGCGCAGAAGAUGCAGCGACUCUAGAAAGACACACACAUUCACUCAGCCGUUCUCUGUAGGCAACCCUCUGUAGACCCCCCCAGUACACGCAGUAAUACUUUAGACUCCGUUCGCCUAUCCAGAUCCUUCUCCGCUUCAGAUAAACGUGUCGUCUUUGAGCAAUAUGAAAGCCAUUGAAAUCAUACCCGGUUGCAGAAUUUCACUUCCUGUUUUGUUCUUCUCCUCGUUUUGUGCCAUUUCCCAAGUCAGAAACGGCCCUCGUUUCUUUCUCUCUCUUGUUUUUUCCAUGUUGGUUUUCAGAGCACGUUGUGGGUUGUGUGGCGUCUGUGUGGCGUCUGUGUGGCGUCUGUGUGGCGUCUGUGUGGCGUCUGUGUGGCGUCUGUGCUUCCAUGAAGGGAACUAACGGCGGCACAGGUGGGUCGGGGAAAAAGUGGAGCAGUAGCCAUUUUAGAAGCCGUACGUUUUCCUGCACACCUACUGAACUACAGUCGCACUUUGAAAUCAUUCUGUUCUGUUUGUGUCGUGUCAGCGUGUGGGGUUUUGCUCUGUAACGUUCAUCACAACGGUUACCCUGCGGGAUAAAUCAGACGACGGGCGGUUCUACAAUGGCUACCGCCGCUUCUGAAGUAACCUGUCUGUGUGCACCUUGAUCGUAUAUGCUGUUUCGAACGGCGUUAAGUCAGUUGAUGGGAGCCUUUUCUGGCAGAUUGCUAAUGUGGGUGUGUAUAUUGAAUGGCAUUAUGGGUACAGCAAUCAUUGUCCCUGCCGUGUGACUUUGUUAAAGCUCACGCAUGUAUGUGCCUGUUGUUCGGAUGUCUUCUUUGUGAGUCUUAUGUUUUGCCUUUUCAGACGUGUGCAGCUAGAUGAGACAGACCUUGUUACAAAACCACCUUAUAAUGUGUCGUAAAUCCAAAUAUGUACUGUGUGCCAACGAUGAACAAAAACCCCAACCCUCCGAGUUACCGCUGGCUGUGACCUCCACGCUGCAGUGUCCUUAUCAUGUAACCGAAAGCCCGUUCAAUGUGACUUGUUGUUUAUCACCAUCAGCAGCAGCACAAGAGGGAUUCUAGGAUAUAGCCACAGUCCACCAUGUGUAAUUAACACAGUGUGUAUAUGCAUACUGAAAUAAAUCAUAAACCAGUGGGACCCACAUUUCUGCCUCGUUUCUGACUGUCUUCUGGUUCCUCUCAGCACGAUCUGCAACAAUCACUCCAUCCUCCACAGUAGUAAUAGACGCCAGUGGCGGCUGGCCAGUAGAGGGCGCUGGGGCGCCGCCCCCUUCAAAUACCAAGAGAUGAAAAUCUACUUAAACAUGUUAAAUAUAACUUAGUUGUAUAAUGCAAAUAAUGAUGAAAUAACAGUGUUGUCA